AUGGUUGAGUCAUCAUCUUCUUCGGGAUCUGAUUCGGAUGUAGAGCCCACCGAUCCCAGCAUGUGGAUCAUACCUGGACCCUACAGGUGGGAGGUCCUUCGUCAGAGGACGCAAAAAGGUCAUAUUUCACAGCGAGUGUGGAAUACUGAGCAUGUAAGAAAGAUUAAGACGAGGCGUGGGAAGCCACAAGGGGGCCCACCUACCGGUGUUAUUCCACAGGUUGUGGAAGAGUACCUCAGACAAGCGGGUUUCAUAUCCUGUUGCCAGGAUGCAACAUAUCCAGGCAUCUUGGGCUUGCCGACCGACGGUACUGUCGUCAUCGGAUCGACCUCUGAGGAUUGGCACGCUGCUUGUGCUGGUGUUUUUGGACAUGCUCCAGAGGCCGGUGAGUUCCAUCAUUCUGGCGACCUCCGCAUCUCAUUCUUGGAUCGACAUUAUACCCGGUGGACUGAUCAUGAAGGGAAUCAUGUUGCCGAGAUCUACUUCACAAAAGCUCACAUUGCGCGGAUGUUGGGGACUUGGUUGCUCGCGGACAAGUCUAGAGGUAGCAAUUUUGGUUGUCGGCUUGUCCCGUUGCUAGGUGGAGGAUUUGAGGACAUUGGCCGAUUCAGCUGGGGAUCUGCAGUUUUGACACACUUGUUCAGGAAUUUGUGUGAAGUGACAGAUGCCCGUCGAAGCGACAUGGGUGGUUGCCAUAUUCUCCUUCAAAUUUGGGCAUGGAUACGAUUCCCACCCAUUGCUCCACCCCUUCCUCCUCAUCCACAGCUGGGCACACAUUAUGGAUGCCAGUAUGAUUUAUUUACUUCAUUUGAUUUUGAUAAUGUAUGCUUAAUACUGUAUGUACUAACUGUAUACUUCUUGACUUUGGACGAUUAUGUAUGGUUGAUAAUGUUUUUGAUUGACAGGUUUAAUGUUGUACAAAAGUUUAAACCUCAUGAGGUCACCCAUUAUCGGGCAACAUUGGACACACUCUGUAGAGAUGAGGUUUGGUGUUAG